AUGCUUGUACUUCUCACCGAUAACAUUUCGUGUGAACUAGCGCUUUCGAAUGGUACACAAGGAAUUUUUCGAGAGCUCGUAUACGAUGAUCAGGAGGAGCUAGGGGAUUUUAAGAUAAAGAGCGAUGUAUUUCCCUCCAAUACAAUAUACAUACGAAAACCAUUAUAUGCACUUUUGGAAAUUAAUACAUCACAAGUAGAAACAAAUUUUGAUGGUCUUCGCCCUAAACUUCCUAUUCCAUUAAUCAAAAAGCGAUUCACUGUUCCUAUAAAGCAACUCUUCGGACAUUUACUCGAUCGAGUGCAAAGUGGGAGAAAAAUUCCACAAGUCAUUCAAGUUACAAGAACGCAACUACCAAUUGUACCUGCCUUCGUUAUAACCACAUACAAGGCGCAAGGACUCACAAUGAACAAAAUCGUAGUCGAUCUUCAAGUUCCACCUGAGACACUGCAAGUAGCAUUGAUAUAUGUACCACUCAGUAGAGUGAAGAAAGGGGAUCAUAUAGUUAUCCUUCGACCUUUCCACAUGAAGGUUCUACAAGUUCAACCUUCUUCUGCGCAAGACGCUGAACUGAAACGUUUAGAUGAACUUGACAAAAAGACAAAACGAGAGUGUACCUCUUUCAUUUAUUUGUAG